AUGAAUUCACCGUCAGACGAUGGACAAUAUACAGACACUGAUAAAGAGGAAGGUGUUAUCGAUGAUGAUAGGAAGAGCUCAGAAGGUAGCACUUCUCUUGAGCGACAACCUGUUUCUUGUAAUAAUUUGGAUCCGAAUGAUCAUAAUAUAGAAGUAGAAAAAGGACAUCAGGAACAUUCAUCAACCUCAUCGAGUGAUGUUGAAGGCGAAGAAGCUCGAUUGCGCCAAAAGCUGUUGGAAAGGCGUAAUGUGCUAAGCAGUUCUUCAGUGUUGAAGCGUGAAGUCAUCGAAGUGGAACAUGGUAGUACAUCAUCGGUUUCCGUUACAAUCACCAAUGUCGAUAAGAAAUUAAAAUCAAAAAUACGUUCAAUAUCUCCUAAAACGAAAAAGUCAUCCAAACUAACGUCUAAUAUAAAUGGCUCAAGUGAUGAUGAAGAGAUGUUUUCUAUUCAGCCCAAAGAAUCGGUUGUAAAACAGCGCAGUCAUUCCGCCCGCCCUCAUGAAUAUAGGGAACGGGAACGUGGAGCAUCUGGUGAUAAGAUUAAAAAGCAGGAAAAAACAAGGGAUGAAAAACAUUGGCACAAGGAACGGAAACAUGAUAAGCAUGCGCAUGGAGAUUAUGCCAGCAGAGAUUAUGAUUCUCGUGAGUCUCAUAAACGUCACGUCUCUGGCAAACAUCAACAGCCGCGAGAACAUGAGUCACGGCUUGCUGGACGUGUAGUUUUACCUGACUCAAAAUCAAUACAGAAACCUUCAUCCAUGAAAAUGUCUUACAAAGAACGUGAAAAUCACAGUGAAUCCAAAAUAGAACGAUCGCGAAAUGAUUUUCAUGCAAAAGAUGCAAACAAAAGCCGAUCUCCACGUAAACGUGAAGCUAACACAAGUCCUAAACGGGCUGGUGCUACUCUAGAAUCAGAAUUACCAUCAAAGAAACUGCAUAUAGAAAAAGCUGAUGGCACCGGAAUGGAGGUAACAAGCGUCAGUGAUAAUGCAGAAAAAACAGUGCCUGAUGUGCAUGCUGAAGGACACAAUAAUAAAUUUGAUCAAGCGAUUAGUUCAGAUGAAAUGCACGAAGAACAACCAUCGAUUUCACAAAAAGCUACGCCAAUGGGUCCAUCAAAGUACUCGAAGUUUGAUAGUGAUCCAGAAGAUGAACAGGAAGAAAAAAAUGAAACCAAACUUUCUGAUGCAAAAGACAAGAUAGAAAUGGUUGUAGAUAGUGCUUCAGAUGCGGAAAGUGAUGUAAUUUUGCGCGAUUUGGAUGAGGAUAGCAUAGAUUUGCUCGACCUUGAUGAGGAACGGAUGGCUAGUUUAUCUCCUGAAACACGGGCUAGACUUGAAGACGAACAGCAAAAGAGACUAAUAGCUAAGCUGCCCAUUUAUUAUCCUGGUAUUAGUGGGUGUCGAAAUGUUGCUGAAUUUGAAUGUUUGAAUCGCAUUGAGGAGGGAACUUUUGGUGUUGUUUAUCGUGCUAAGGAGAAAAAAACAGAUGAAAUAGUUGCACUAAAACGUUUAAAGAUGGAAAAAGAAAAGGAAGGCUUCCCAAUCACAUCGCUUCGUGAAAUUAAUAUGCUUCUGAAAGCAGGCAAUCAUCCAAAUAUUGUCAAUGUUCGAGAAAUAGUAAUUGGUUCAAAUAUGGAUAAAAUUUAUUUGGUCAUGGAAUAUGUUGAACAUGAUAUGAAAAGCCUCAUGGACACUAUGCAUUCGCGUGGGAAGCGUUUCAGGACGGGAGAAGUAAAGACUUUACUUCAUCAGCUGCUUUCUGGUGUAGCCCACAUGCAUGAUGAGUGGAUUUUGCAUCGAGAUUUAAAAACAUCAAACCUUCUUUUGUCACAUAAAGGAAUUUUAAAGAUUGGCGAUUUUGGCUUAUCACGAGAAUUUGGAGAUCCUCUGAAACCAUACACACCUAUUGUUGUCACACUAUGGUAUAGAGCUCCUGAAUUACUCUUGGGUGUUAAGGAGUACUCAACAGCUGUCGAUAUGUGGUCUUGCGGUUGUAUUUUUGCUGAAUUCAUUAAAUUAAAACCGUUGUUUCCUGGAAAGGGUGAAAUGGAUCAGAUCAACAAAAUAUUUACUGAUCUGGGAACUCCGGAUGAUAAUAUCUGGCCUGGUUAUAGCAGUUUACCAGGACCAAGGAAAACUACUUUUGAACAUCAUGAUGCAGGAGAAUUAGAGAAAAAAUUCUCGACUAGUCUGAUCGAUGAAAGAGGAUUAGAAUUUAUUAAAGAAUUACUAACUUAUAAUCCAGCUAAACGAAUUUCUGCUCAUGAAGCUUUGGUUCAUGAUUGGUUUGAGCGUUAUCCGCCACCUACACCUCCAGAAAUGUUUCCAACAUGGCCAGCAAAAAGUGAAUUGGGUAAAUCGGUCGUGAAGACGCCAAUAACAAAACCUUCUUCAUCUAAAGAAAUACAAAAUGCCAAGUUAUAUAAAGAACUGAAAGUAGAGCCGAAAAAAGAAGCAUCAACAAGCUUCGCGUUAAAAUUUGAUGUAGCACCAAAGUUCAGCAAAUAA